AUGGCCAAGUCGUAUGGCCCUGUAAUGACCGUGUGGAUGGGGCCAUUGCCUGCGGUAAUUCUCACCGGCCAAACUGCAAUCUGGGAGGCGCUGGUAAACCAAGCCUCCAAUUUCGCAGAUCGCCCAACGAUUUUCGCGCUGCAGUACACCACCGCAAACUUUAAAACUACCCUUGCUUCUCCCUGCAAUGAACGUUGGACUCAGCUCAGAAAGCUUCUCCACAACAAUGUUCUCAGUCCCUUCCACGUUGCAAGCCAGACCACUUCACAUCAGGCAUGUCUCGCUGAUCUCUUCAACACCAUAGCAAUGGAGGAGGAGGCAAAUGACGGCGUGGUGAGGCCUUUAGAAGCUUUGAAAAUGAUGGCAGUGAAUUUUUUAGCCCUAUUAUGCUUUGGCCCUGAUUUCCAAGACCAGGGUUUGCUCGUCAUGCUGAAUGAAUUAGUUGUUGAAAGUAUUAGGUUAAGUGAUGAAAGAGAUAAUGUUCUGCUGAAUUCAUUUCCUUAUACUCGCUACUUUAUUCCUUCAUCAAAAAGAGCUGUGAAGAAGUGGAAGUCUCACCGAGCUGCUAUUCUGCAGCUGUUAUUGCCUUUGAUUCAAUUUGCUCGCAGUGAUCGGGUAUACUUCAAGCAGAGUGCUUCCGAUUGCUAUUUGAAUUCUUUGCUUUCCGUGGGCGAAGAAGAAGAAGAUGAAGAGAACAAGUUAAAGUUCUCCGAUGAAGAAAUAGCCUUAAACAUGUUCGAGCUCUUUUUUCUCGCAGUAGAUAGCACCUCCACAGCUCUAGAAUGGGCUCUCGCUUAUCUCAUAACCCAUCCUAACAUACAAGAAAGGGCUUAUCAGGAGGUAAGACUAGUUAUGGAUGGAAAAAAAGGUGGGUUGCUAUGUUUGAAGGAUUUGGGGAAGCUGCCAUACUUGCAAGCUGUUGUGAAGGAGACGUUAAGAAAAGAGUCCAUAGCGCCGCUUGCAAUUGUACACCAAACUGUGGAGGAGUGUAAGGUGAUGGGCAUCACUAUACCAGCGAAAUCAUCAGUACUUAUAAAUCUGCACAGUGUCUGCAAUGAUCCUGUAGCGUGGAAAGAGCCUGAUCAGUUUAUUCCGGAGAGAUUUCUUGGCAAUAUGGAUUCUGACAAGGUGAGAAUGUGGUAUCUACCGUUUGGAGCAGGAAGACGAGUAUGUGCCGGAAUGGACCUUGCUAACUUUCAUGUCCCCAUCACUCUUGCCAAUUUAUUGCUUAAAUUUGAGUGGGCAUGUGUGAAGGAAGGGAGUCCUCCGGACCUAACCAGGCAUAUUCCUUCCUUACUCGUGUCUAUGAAAUAUCCAUUGGAGGCUCGCAUAACCUGCCGUUAG